AUGCGAGUGGAUACCCGUGCGGUGGCAGUUGUGACGGCGGCAGACUCGACGGAGCCCUUCCGCAUCACGCUGACGCGACCCGUGGGCAUCUUCGGAGGCGCCGACGUCGCGGUUGGGCUCCGUCUAGACGCACUCACAAAGACAGAAAACCGCACACGACCCGGCGUCAGACACAGCGCCGAUCUCUAUGCCGACUGCGGAUCGCUCCUCGGCAGUCGCUGUUCCAACGCUCUAACACGCGUCGAACUCGACCACUGGCUUCGCGACCCCGCGCUUCCCGCUGUCGUCGGCACUGCUGUAUGCGUCGCCACCGCCUCCACUCAAGAAGAGCUCCAGCAACUCACCUCGCACAUAACCGAAAACCGAAAGGCCGAAGACCUCCAAAAGACCGAAGAGCGCAAGGACGCACUCUUCAAAGAGCUCAUGGAUAAGCACCCUCCACCCGACGCGUUUGGUGAAGACUAUGAGAGUCAUUCACACCUCGUGCUCUUCAAAGAACUCAUACAGAACGAGGUGCCCGUCGUCUACGGCAACUACCUCAAGCUCAACCUACUCAAUCCAAUGUGGUGCAAAUUCGACCUGUUCGCACCCGCGGGAUACCAGGCCAGCGUUGCGUUUGUGAACAUCCGGAAGUGA